ACAGUCAAGUGAAUCUAAUGUGUAUUUAAAGUUCAUCUCAUAGCAUUCGAUUCCAAUACCUUCCAAAACACAUUUCAUUGAUCUGCGAUUGUUCGGACCAAAAACUGCGAUUUUUUUUUAGUUUUUCUAAAGAUUUUUUACUUUUAUUAAAUUCUCAAGACGAUUUUGAUUUAAAUUCGAUCAAACACAUUCGAAUCUGUUAAUUUGAAACAUACUUUACACCCCAAAAAAAAAAGUCGGUCAGAAAUUUGAAAAAAAAAUCUGGAGGAACCGUUAAAAUAAAAGAAAAACGCUGAAUAAAAACGUUCGACGAUAAUAAAGAAAAAGCUAAAAAAAAACCCAAAGAUGUUACCCGACUACGUGAUAAAUUGUGUGCAUAAAGUCGCAAAAAAUGAAGGAUUCACAGAUUUUAAAAUCGAAACAAAGGCUGGAUCUGCGCACGGUGAUAACUUCCUUGGAAUCAUGACCGCCAUAACAUUGACUGGAACGCGGCGAAAAAAUGGUCAAACUCAAUCAGAAGAACUGCAUUUACUAUGUAAGGCGCCACCAAGGAAUGUAAUUCGUCAGAAAAACUUCGCCACAUCGUUAGUGUUUAGUCGUGAGAUUUACAUUUAUUCAAAACUGUUACCAGCCUUCGUUCGAUUCCAACGUGAAAAAGGUCUUAGUGAAGCCGAUUCAUUUCUGUCAUUCCCGAAAGUGUAUGCGUGCGAAGUGAACGAAGAAAAGCAAACGUACAUUUUGCUAAUGGAAGAUUUGAGAUCGAAAAACUACGAAAUGUGGCCCAAAGAUGAAACGGUUGACCUAGAGCAUGAGCUACUCGUUAUGAAAGAGUUGAGUAAAUUUCAUGCCAUUUCAUUUGCAAUGAAAGAUCAACGACCAAAUGAAUUCCGCGAAUUCCAACAACUUACCGACUUUUUCGUUGGCAUCUAUGUGAAAACUACAAUCAAAUCAUUUAUCAAAACACUGAUUGAUCGCUCUAUCAAUGUGCUGGAAAAACCACAACACAAACAAAUCAUGCAAAACUUUCGAAACACCUUUUUGGAACGAGCUGAAAAGCUGAAAAGCGUACCGUAUUGCGAUGAAUUUGGUAUCAUGCUACACGGUGACUGUUGGAAUAAUAACUUUUUGUUUCAACACAGAAACGAUAAUAAAAAGCAGUUAAAAUCGAUAUGUUUUGUUGACUGGCAAUUAACGCACUACAGUCCUCCUGUCAUCGAUGUGCUGUACAACAUUUUUUCAUCAACGGACAAACCGUUUCGUGAUUUGCAUUACGAAAAACUCCUAAAGACCUACUAUUCUUCAUUGAGCCAAACAAUUCGAAAGCUGGGAAGUGACCCGAACAAAUUGUAUACGUACGAAAAUUUCCAAGAACAAAUGCGAAAAUACAGUGACUAUGCUCUGCUGCUGGCACCUAUGAUCAUCACAAUACGUUUGGCCAAAGCAAAAGAUGUCGCCAAUUUAGAUGACUAUGCUGAGUGUCUGGAGCGAGGCGAAGAAGCUGACGUUGUCCACGAAUUCGACGAUGAAACACAAGCCGAAUUCAGUAAACAAAUCAACGGUCUCGUUACGGAUCUUGUAGAUUAUGGAUAUGUGAAAUGUGAAUAGGGUCGGUUUUUUUUGACAACUAAUCAUUAAAUAGGGUUUGAUGAACGAUCGGAGAAGAUCUCUCAAGUAGCUUCAUUUUCAACGCAUUAUGGUUGUUUUGUUAGUGGCUCGAGUCAUUUUUAAAAUGACUUCAGAUAAGAGGGGAAUUUGUAUAUUCAAUUUUUUUCUUCAAAAAAUGCUGUAAAUUAUAAUUAAAUUAAAUAAAAAAAUUAGUUAAUCAAUUAA